UCUCUCUCUCACUCAAAUCUCUCAAAACCCAUCAAGUACUCUCUUCACGUUUCCUCAACAACCAUACUUUUUUCUUGAUUAUUUCAGGCCCUUCAAUUGCUUCUUUUCAAACUAGGUAACCUUUUCCUCAUUCACUAGCUAGCCUUUAUUAUUAUUAUUAUCAUCAAACAUGCCCUCCUUCUCUUCCACCCUCCUAGACCAAAUUUACCGUUCCAUCGACGAAGGUGAGAGAACCAGUGCCGAAACCAAGUUCUAUAGAGAAACAAUGUGUAAGAAACAGAUCACAAGCAACGGGAAAAGGACAGAAAAAACCGACAGAAAAGAUAACAACAACAAGGUUGUUGGGACAAAAAUGGACAGAAAAACGAAUCAUGUUGAUGGUGAUCAUGACCAACAUUUUCCCUUCUUCAGUUCCACUUCGAUUUCCUCGGAUUCUAGUUCAGGUGGAUUCUCCUCCUCCGACACCGAGUCCAUGAGGUCACGUGCCUCCUCGUGUUUCGCUCCACCGAGGCCCAAGGCAGUGAGGACCAGCGCGUCAUUCAGAUUAGAGAAGCAUGGAAUGCGCAUGUUCGAUGGUUUCUGUCGCAAUUCCAACACCGAAGCGUUGAUCAAGUCCGAAUCAAGGGCACUGAAGAUUUACAACAACCUCAAGAAGGUGAAGAAGAAGCAACCCGUGUCACCCGGUGGUGGCAGGGUCACCAGUUUCCUCAACUCUCUGUUCGCAACGGUGAACGCGAAGAGAAGUACGAGGUCGACCACGUACGAGGAAGAAGACGCGAACGCCGAAAGAAAAACCAAAUCAGGGCAAGCCUCAACGUGUUGUUCCUCUGCUUCUUCAUUCUCGAGGUCUUGUUUGAGCAAGACUCCUUCCUCUGAAAGAGACAACAAGUUGCGUAACGGGGUGAAGAGAACGGUGCGUUUCUACCCUGUGAGCGUGAUCGUGGGUGAAGAUAGUCGACCCUGUGGUCAUAAAUCCUUGUAUGAACAAGACGACACGUGGAAGAUUGGACGGUCACUUAGUAAAACGAAGGAGGAGGAACCUUCUAGAGAUUUUCACAAUCAGAAGAUGAAAGAUUUUCCCUUAAGGACAAAUGUUAAUUACAAUGAAGAUGAAGAAGAAGAAGAAGAAGAUGAUGAUGAUGCAACAAGCUAUGCAAGUUCGGAUCUUUUCGAGCUUGAUCAUCUGGCUGUGUUAGGAAAUAGUAGGUAUUGUGAGGAGCUUCCGGUGUAUGAAACUACUCAUUAUAGUACUAAUCGCGCCAUUGCUAAUGGCCUCAUAGUGUAGUUCUGUUCAUUACUAGCAUAUCAUAAUUAUAAAUAUUACAGAACCAUUUUGAGUUUUGGUUUUUUUAUUGUUUUCUUAAGCAUAUAUGAUUCAAGAAAAUGGUUA